CUGUUAUUCCCAGGGUCCUUCCUUUCAUCGGAUAAUGUCAGCUCCAGUCCUGGAUGCUGGUUUUCAGACGCCGGUGACAUUUGAGGACGUAGCCGUGUACCUGACACGGGAGGAAUGGAAACUCCUGGGUCCGAGCCAGCGGGACCUGUACAGGGACACGAUGUUGGAGAAUUACAGGCACGUCGUCUCGCUGGGAUAUCCAGCGGCCAAACCGGCUGUGAUAGCCCAGCUGGAGCGAGGAAUGGAGUUGUGCUUCCGGAAUCUGCCCUCCACUAAAGGUAGAAGGCACCUGAGGGAUGCUUGCAGAAGAGGUGAGAUAAGGAGACCGGAACAGAUCAUCCCCCAAGUCAGAGAAUCACCGGGAGCGAUAUCGAGGAGCCUCAAGGAGGAUGGUCCUGGGGACCCCGAAUUUGGAGAAAGCUCUGGAGGUGGGUCAAGAAGCCAGCCUGAAGGGAUGAGACUGUGGAAUUACUGUGCGUUAAACCGAAAGAGGAAAGGCUGUGGACGGGCGGAGGGCUCUGUCCUGAGCUCAGCCGUGAGAGAGAGCUCUUAUAGGGACGAUGAAUGCAGCAGAAACUCUCAAAAGAAGCCCUGUGAAUGUAAAACAUGUGGGAAAACCUUCAGCAAGAACUCCAAACUAAUUGAACAUCAGAGAACUCACACGGGCGAGAAACCCUACGUUUGCCAAGAAUGCGGACGAGCCUUCUCCCGAAGAUCAAGCCUGAUGAAGCAUCAGAGAACUCACACCGGAGAGAGACCCUACUUUUGCCAGGAAUGUGAGAGGACCUUCAGUGAAAGAAUCAACCUGAUUUCCCACCAGAGACUUCACGCUCGAGAGAAAUGCUAUAAAUGUGGCCAGUGUGAGAGAACCUUCAGUUGGAGGUCCCAACUGAUCACACAUCAGACGGUCCACACUGGGAAGAAGCCCCCGAAAUGUGACACGUGUGGAAAAGUCUUCAGUCAGAUGGCCUCCCUCGUUCGCCACCGGGUGAUUCACACUGGAGAGAAACCUUAUGUUUGUAAGGAGUGUGGAAAAGCCUUCAACCGGCGCUUCAAUCUUCUCUGCCACCAGAGAAUCCACACAGGAGAGAAACCCUAUGAAUGUAAGAUAUGUGGGAAAAGCUUCAAAUAUCACUCAUCCCUGAAUGAACAUCGGAAAACCCACAGUCGUUAGAAAUAGUACUUAGACUGUGAGCCCCGUGAAGGAUAGAGACUGUGCUGGAUCUAUUUUGUACCUACCCCUCGUGCUUAGU